AUGGUCUUUCUCCACCCCCUCCUCGGUGCCGCACGGUUCCUGCGCUGGAGGCGGCUGGAGCACCUGGUGCAGACGGAGCAGUUCUGGCAGAUCGGCGAGUGCCUGCUGGCCAAGAGGAGGAGGAAGAAGGCAGCGCAGGACUACCUGGGCCAGAGCCUGCCCUAUCUACGGAGCCCGCAGGAGCCCCUGCGCCGGGAGGCCAUCAGGUUCAUCGGGCUCUUAGGGCAGCACCUGACGGAGCAGCAGCAGGACGAGAGAGAGCGCAUCUACCAAGGUGAGCCAGGCAGUAGGGUGUCGGGGCAGCCGGCAGGCGGCGUGCCUGUCCCCUGCUCCCACCUGCCGGAGGGGAGAGCUGGGCGCCCUGCGGGUACACGGCUGUCAUCGAGCCUCUGUUCUCUUUCUCUCAGGCCUCCAGAGAGCGCAGCGAGACCCCAAUGCAGCCGUCUCCUCGCUGGCCCUUCAGACCCUACAUAUCCUGCAGGAAACGAGGCCACGUCCACCACGAGGAGGCUUGGGGCAGCUCUUCUCCAGGCUCCGCAGCGCGUGGAGGAGGUGCUGCUCCUCCCGGGCAGACAGCUGAGCGCCCUGCAAAGCUCCCGGCAUCUCCUCCUGCCCGCUGCUCAGCUCUGCUCCUCGGGCACAUCCCUUCCCCGCUGCUGUGCCGCCCCUCACCCUGCGCUGCCACCUCCUUCAGCACCAGUGCCUGUCUUCUCUCUGUGGGAAAAGGGAAAACACACGGGAGAUCAGCACUGCCCUGAGAGGAACAGGACCUGCAGCGCUCCCUGACGCUGCCACACGCUUUCGGCCACUGCCAGCAAGCGCCGGCUGCUUUUCUUUCCAUCGUGUGUCAAAUGGACCAACCCAUAUGUGCUCAUCAGUUCACCCCUCCAUCUGAAGCAGAGGAUUCCACAGCCCUAACAAUUGCCUGGGUUUUUUUAAUCCUCUCUGUUUUCGGCAAAAAACCAACUGAGCAUCACAAGAAGCCUCUGCAAGGCAGAAAGGAACUGAUGAGCUGCAGAAGCAGCCACCAAGGAUGGGAAAAACGCUUGAAAAUGACAAGUGUUGUGGGGCAUAGGGACAACAAAUACACGCCUGAUACGCUACUGCCAAGUUUCCACAGCACUUCUAAUGACAUUCAUCACUGAAACUUCUUCAAAAAGUCAUCUGCCACGGGACAGAAAGAGACAAGUCCAACUGGUUGAAUGCUCAAAUAAGACCAAUACUAAAUAAAGCCAUCAUCUACUCCACAAAGCCUCCAGUGUGGUCCCCGCUGCUCUGGCAGCAAUCACAUCAAGAUCACAGCUCAGAUUUCUGCUGCAGGCUGAACUGCUCAAAAUGGUCAUAAAUCACCUGGACAAGGGGACGAGCAUCCAGACAGCAACGUCUGCUCACCCUACUGAAGCAACCUGUCAUGAAAGCAUCAUUUUAUUGCAGAGGAAACCUGCCGUAAGAAGUAAGGACUCCGAUCACAUUACCAUCAAUAUUUUCGGUCUGAAAGACGGAUGUGGGAGCUCUUCAGCCUUCCUACAAAUGAACGCCCCCAUUCAAGGCGCACUGUCAAUACUGCAAUAUCCCUUCUAUAUAACAGCAGCAGAACUGUUUGAUCUCUAACACAGAUUUAUACCUACAGACAGGACUUGGGAUAAAAUACUUUUUAAAUUCAAGUCAGUGUCAGUUCCCCCCGAUUAGGGUUAGUUUCAUUACUUCAAUAAAAGCGGUAUCAGAUGAUAAAACCAUCCUGUUACUGAGCCCUGCCUGGUGGCAUCACCGAGUGCUUCUCCCCUGCUGGAGCUCGAUGCUGUGGGCACAGAUGAGGCCAUCCUGCGCUGACAAGCCCUACAGCCGAAGCUGCAGCUGGACUCACCAAGAGGAGGAUGUCUGUUAGCAGUGACUGGCUGAGAAGAGCGGAAGCUCCGAGCUGAGCUCCCAGCAACUUCUGAGCACGCAGAUUGCAAACUAACCCUGCAAUCUCCAUUCCACUCGCUUAAGGGCAUUCCGUGCUUUGAAAGAAAGGCAGUUACACAACCACACACGCUCCCCCUGUCAUGUGUUGCACAGAGCCUCGUGUAAGCACGUCUGAAGAAAUGCACCUUUCACACUACGUAAUAAGUGGCACCACUGCAACGAGACGACCCCUACUCUGUCCAACCCAACAGAGACAGACACAGCUCUCUUUUACCAUCAGUCCUCGUGUCCACACCAGGAGCUGCCCCAGGCAACACUUGCAGGGCAGUCCAUUCCCACCCCACGUAUGACAGCAGCAUGACGGCACCCUCGAGUCCUCUCUGGAUUCCAUUCUGUACAGAGCUCCUGGCACAGCUAAGACUAGCAGAGCACAGAGCAGAAAAAAACAACGUGAUUUUACAGAGCGCUUCUCAAACUCUGGCCUACCUCUGUGUGCCAAAUCUACUUCUUGCUCUUGAAAUGGACAGCAACACACCAUCCCCCACAGGAGCCAGGGCUCAGGAGGCACGUCAGGGAAAGAGCACGCUUUCAGCAUUCACAGUAAGUGGGACCUUUAAGCUCUGUGUACUACAUCAGUCAUCUCCACGCGGGCAGACUUUUCCCGUGCAGCCCGACACCCAACGGUCCACGGUUUACGGGCUGGUUCGGCCCGGUUCCGUGACUAGGAGGGCGGAGGGAUCCGUGGAUCCGCGCCCCCAG